GUCCGCUGCGAUGGCGACGCGGUAAAGAGUGAUCGAGAAUCGGAGACUUCAACAAUGUUUCAUUGAGUCUCCCUCCCUCUCUCUCUCUCUCUCUCUCUCUCUCUCUCUCUCCCCUCAACCAUUUUCUUUCUUUAUUACCCACAAUUCCACGCCACAUCUCCACCAACAAUUCGAUGCUCCUCCGCCUCGUUGUUGCGUUUUGAAACCACUCAUUAGUUGUGCUCCAAGAAGAAGAAGAAGAAGAAGAAGAAGAAGAAGAAGAAGAAGAGAGAGAGAAAAAGAAAAUACAUAUCACGAAUUCACCACCACUUAUUGCCUCCAAUUGUGUGUGGGUUUCUUUCCCUUUCUUUGGACAGAAGAAUUUUGGAACCAUCUUUCCAUUUGGGGGUGUUCCUCAAUUUUGUGGGUCUUUUUUUUUUGGUUUCUCGUGAACAAAUUUUGUCGGAGAUGGUGAGGAAGAGAUUGAAGAGAUUUUACGGAAAAGAGGCGCUGGAGUUUCUGAACCAGGUGAUGCAGGACAAGCCCCUGCUGCCCUUCCUGAUCCCGCUGGGCCUCUUCGCCUGGGCCGUCGAGCGGUGGCUCGUCCCCUUCUCCAACUGGGUCCCCCUCGCCGCCGCCGUCUGGGCCACCAUUGAGUAUGGGAGGUUUCGACGCCGACUGCUUGUAGAAGACUUGGAUAAAAGAUGGAGGCAGCUUUUAUUGAAUACAGCACCCACAGACCCCACUAGAGCCUUGUCAGUGGCUGAACAAGCUUCUGAUUGAAGUCUGGCCUAAUUUUAUGGAACCGAAGCUUUCAAAGAAGUUCUUCUCUAUUGUUGAGAGGCGUCUAAAGAAUCGGAGACCAAAAUUGAUUG